CUGGAGUGCUUACGAUGGUAAAAGGGACGGACUUCACUAUUCACCGCUUGCCAACUAGCCGGCUAACGAGGUGGGUGUCUGUUGCUAUUUCGGCCGGGGUACAUGUGUUCGUGCGGGAUCUUGGCGUGGGGUGCGAAACUAUAGCGGACAUACUUGGUUUAUGUCUUUGCAGCUCUUACGCCAGGAUUUGCUUUACCUAUUUUAACAGGAGAAUUUCUUGUGAGCCUACUCGAUUCGCAUACAAAUACAGAAUUCUAUGACUUCCUGCUUUCACGAGAGAACGCAGGAAACAGCGACCACCCGCCUGCAGCAGAAGGCACAGCUUCCUCGCCGUUUGCCGCCGACCUUCUUGAUGCCGGAUUUGUACGGAGGAUAUCGUAACGUCUUUGUACCAAUCUAUAUUGGGAGGUUGGAAGUCGUUUUCCUAAAAACUACCGCGAUCGUCUACUUCUGUGCACCACUGAAUUCUGUGUUCGUGACUCAAAGUAUCUGUAGAUUGUUUUCUGUGGCUUGCACACAAUGAAGGGGUCCAACACUGAGAGCAACGGAACAUUGUGGCGGAGGCGUCGACCCUUCAUUUGUCUGUUUUUGACGAGGAUGGCGUUUUCUCCAGCUAACUCUCUUGAUACUGAAAACCCCAUCCGGGCACUUUACACGUGAAACAAUCCGGUUUUUACUUGGAAAGGCGCCUCAUCGAAAGAGGAACAACGUUCUAGAUUUGAUCAGCUUCUCUUCGUUAAGACAGUUCGCCCAAGGAACAUCCCCCGUUUCCGAUUGGUGUAAGGAUAGUACUUGCGACAGUCAAGCCUCAACGGACUAGAUGUUUUUCGGGGUAGAGCUUCCUACCGAAGCACACUCGGGACUUUUCCUUGAAUCGCAAAAGUCACGAGCACCUCAAAAUGGCUCUAUGCUGGCGCACCUCUGUUCCCCCUUGUCGCGUGUCGAACAAGCAAUUGGGAGGGCCUCGGCUACGCGCAGAGAGACAAGUGGAACGCCGUUCUGUGGGUGCAAAGAAGCAGGGUGUUGCUCGUGGAUGAGGGAUGACAUCGAGAGACGGAGAACAAAUGCAGGAAAUGGAAUGAUAAGCCCAUCAGGUAUGCCGUACGUUUUCGGUCUCUGUGUCAAAGGACUCGCGGAUCGAAGCGGACGGCUGUUCACAUGCUGGCUUGUUCAGGCGUGCUCGGUUGUUUCCCAGUGUGUACCAGGGAGCCGAGGCCGGCGACCCUAGUACCAUUUUCUUUUCAAGUUCACGGGUUUUUUUGAAGUUAUCGGACCGAUUCUGCAGAGGAAGGUCUCUCGCUUCCUUGAAACCUGCACGCAACAACAACAUGAUCUCUGCGUCGAGUAUAUGUGAUCUAAUUGUGUGUGCCUGGUACAGACGUACAACGCAGAGCUUCAGAGGAUCCAAAUCUGGUCCUAUUGGCUCUGCAUCAUAUCGAAAGCGUUUUUUGUUAUUUGUUCCCUUUUCUCCUGUCGGGGCUUGACAACCGGUGGAACGGCUGAGAACAACACCCCGCUGUCGCGCUGCUGUCGAGCGAAAAGCUUCUGUUUCUAAGUCCAUAUCUACUUCCUUAUCUCGGCUUGCCACAGUUCUGACCACCCGCUGCCCGGCUUUCUCGACGCUGUGUGAAGGAAUUCAAGCUUUUCUCGCUGAAUCUGUGGAAAACUGGACACGAACACGAAGCUCGACCUGCCACGGUGAGGCAAACUAACUGAAGAAGCGUAGCUGGUUCGGUUUUACAUGGUCGCAUCCGUGCUUCAUUUCAUUCGGCUCUCCCCUUCGAUCCAUUUGUAGCAUUGGACGCGUUCGCUAGCGCUAUCCCGUUUUUGAAGUCCUUGUCGAACUUGAUCUCUGUUUUUUUCCCAGUUGUAUCACACGCCUACGGGCACUCAACGCCUUGGCUGUCUCCAACUACAUCUGCGGCGGGGUCCAUCCAGUAGGCGUUUUCUUGCUUGCUGGAGUGAGGACAGAAGCGUGAAGCCUCUUGCGUGUCUUUGGGCUUGCGAGAAAGAUCGCUGUUUUGUCGUGGAUCGGUCGUCCAGUGCAGCUGCGGAGUGUGGCUGUCGAGCGUCCGUCGAGCGUGCCGGGUGUCCGUCUGGCAGUAAGCGUGUGUUGCCACAGUGUUUCGCCAAGUGCGCUUCGCCUCCCUCCUUUCUGCGUUUCUUAUCAUGCCUUUCGGAUAGCGAUCGUAAAACACUGCGUCAGAGCUCUUCUGUGUCUCCCUGUUUUUCGGGUUGUCGACAACCCCCGGGCUGUUUCUGUGUUGCGAUCUUGUCGCCUCACCCAUUCCAGUCGUGGGAUGAGCACAAUGUUCGAUUGUAGACGCAUUCUUUGUAUCUUUGUCCUAACUCAGAGCGACAGUCAUCUUUUCCGGAAUCGCGGGAAACAUGGCGCCUCGACGCCUACCGCCUGCAGUGCCUCAACGUGUGAAAGCCCCGUUGACAAGAGACAAAGAAAGCGGUCUUCCCAGUGUGUGUCGGGAUAGUAAAAAAGCGAUGAAAGAGAGGAAAACGCCAUUCGAAUUGCGGGUAUCCGAAGCAGCCCCUCAGAGACUGAGACGGGGAAGGGAGCGUGAGGAAGAGCGGAAGAAAAGCAGAGACGGAUGGCAAAGCCGAUCACCAUCGAAGUCCACAGAGGACGAGAAAAGACUAUGGACAUUCGAGCUAGAAAUUGGCCCCGACGAGACAGCAGCCGAAUGCGAGCUGCAAGCUGGAGAGAGCGAAAGGCGUCACAGCGCAUCAAAGAAUGCAGAAAGCAGUGCUAGUCUAGCAGACGAGCAGGAAGCCGAAAGGAAGACACAACCCGAACGACUCGCGACAAACAUGGGAAUGAAGACAUCUGAAAAAAGGCCCGACGUGGGUUUUGUAUCUCAGCCGAAACCGAUUAUGAUAUCCCUCGGUCCUCCGCCGCUGCUGCCCAUUCCAACACCUCCUUCUCGUUGCUUUUCCUCGCACUCUCUCUUGACAACGCCGCUUUCUCGUGAUUUUGUUCUGCAUGCGCCGGUGACGCCUGUGGCUUCCAGACAAAGGUCACGCCGAGCCGGAAACGUUUCCACCGAGUUUCCGUUUUUUGGGGAAAGGGCGAAGCAAGUGCCCACGGAGGAAGAGCUGCGGUCCACAGGCAUCCCAUUUCCGGAGUCUCCAAACCGAAGAAAGCCUCUCCUUUCUCGGUGCCUCUCGUCUUUUGCCCUUCUGCCCUCUGCUCCCUUUGCAGCCAACUCGACUUUGAUGCCGUCUACCCCGCGGAUUUCUACGCCACCGUCGCGUAGUUCAAAGUCUUCUUUUGCUGGUGCUUUUUCUGGGGUGGUUUCCAGGUUGCCAGCUUCUGCCAGUUCCUCCGCUUCGUUGGCCUCUCGAGUUUCGGGUCCGUCCCCCGGCAAAUCGCCGCCUCUCUCUGCAGCGGUGUUUCUGGAAACGGGUGGGUGGGACCCUCUGUCGGACGAAGAGUCUGACGAGCAGCACAGCAACGACUCCGGAGAAGACGACAGGAAGGUGGCGAGGCGCAGAAAUGAAGAACGGAAAGAAGACGCCGUUCCGCCGUCAGAAGAGCAUGAAAAGUCUGCUCUGCAAAUCUCGCGUGACGAAGAAAGUGGCUGGACAAGCCACACUUGGGGAGACCCCUGGAGUGACAACGAAGAGGCGAGAAAGCCGUUGCAGAAGAACAGUUGCGGAAAGAAAGGGGGAGGAGCGUUUCAAAGCGCGAAACCUCAGAAGCUGCCGCUAAACCGGGAAGCCAAGAAAGGAACUCCUCUUUCAGGGAAGCCCUCAGGGUCCCCUCAAAACAAGCACGUUCCCGCAGUUCCGGCGUUUCUCCAGCGGGGGUCUGGCACAGCGUCUUGUCUGCAGAAAAAGCGAUUCUCGUUGACCGCUUGCUCAUCGUCGACUUUGACGUCAUCCUCGUCAUCGUUCUCUUUGUCGGGUGCUUCUUUCUCUUCUUCGUCGAUCUGUUUGCCUUCCCCUGCUCCGGUGAGCGAGGCAUGUGCGCCCCUGGCGGGUGAGGAGUGCCGGCCAGAUGCGAACGCGUCCUGGCAGUCUGAGCAGGUCCAAGCGUUUCCGGUUUCGUCUUCUGCGCCUUCUUUCUCCCGUCUUGCUUCGGGCGUUUUGUUCUCAGGAACUGCAGUGCCUUCCCCUCCCCCGCGGCGGGACCACAAAGCCAAAGAUUCCAUCUUUUUACUGCGCUCGUUCUCCGGAAAACCUCCCCCGCCGCCUCCGGUUUGUGCUGGAAAGGUGAACUCUGUCCGGCUGGCAGUUUCUGCAGGUUCUUCGAGUUCUUUUGUAGAGGACCCUUCCGUAUGUUCGGGUGUUUCGGCUGUCGUACCGCCACCUCCUGACGACGGAGUGGAAAAGGCGUUUUCCGAAUCUUUCCCGAGAUCUGUGUCGCAUUCGGGGCCUGCGCGAGUGCGAAAACCCCCUCCGACGUUGUUUUGUCGGGAGGCACAUCUUUUUUUUCCGAUUCCUCACGAAGAGCCACCAACAGGAAAGGCGCAUUCGUCUGCGACCUACCACCCGGUUCGAGGUUCCCUUCAGCCUCCUGACGCGGCGAGCUUCUCCGCGGUAGAAGACGCCUCUUUGUCAGGAUUUCCUCCCGUUUCUGGAUCGUACACCCGUGGACUUCCUCCCAUCGUUCUCUACGGAACAGACAGCUACUUCAGUUGUUCCCCGUCUGUCUACGAGGCGGCAGAGAGCGAGUUGGACGUGCGGUCCUUUCGGUUUGCAGAGAGGUCUUCUCAUGCGCUUCGACCGGGGUUCCCCUUGGAAAAGCCGCGCCACGGGAGAAACGUUUUGCAGGGCUCUUUCGCGUCCUCGACUCUGCCGCCGCCCGCCGCGCAGCCUGGGGAGGAGACGGAACACCUCGAAAGCGCUUCUUCGCACGCGGCCUUCAGCGCUUCACGCGCGUCGAAAGAAAGUUCCUUGAAAAACAAGCGCAUGCAGCUGUUUGUCGUGCCGUGUCUCUCGUGGCGUGGAGGCAGAUACUUUUCGUCACAUCGGUGUGUCUCCUCUGCUCGUUCCUUCGAUGCCUUCCCCGUCGCGUGAUAUCCAAUAAAGAAAAUCGUCGCUCUGGAUGAAUGUUGACGGCCACAGAAACAAUAUAAAUCAGGCACGCGCGCGUUUGUAUUUACGGAGGACUAUGUCUUUCUCCAGUUACACACAUGACAUAAUAUAUAUAUAUACAUAUAUAUAUAUAUAUAUAUAUAUAUAUAUAUAGGGUCCUGUGGCAAUUUGGGGGCGAUGGGAAUAGAGAAGCAGGUGUGUGAAGGUCUGUGUGUGCCAGUGUGUAGGGAUGUGUCUGGUCGCGACAGUGGACCUUUCCGUUCGUUUCGAAAACUUCCGGGCGCCUGUCUUCGAGGGAGUUUCUCUCGACUCGAAGAGUCUUUGUUUUUCGUUUCCCGGUG